AUGAGUGAGGCGACAACCAUCUCGUCGUCAUCUCGUCGUAGCCCUCCCUUCGCUCCUGCCGCUCCCACCAGAUCUGGAAAGAUUGAACCUCUGUUUCAGCUCUUCGACAACAAAUCGACGGCGACGCUUCCUUGGAAGGCGAGGUCGCGAACUGGGUCGAAUGGAGGCAGAGCGGUGGAGAGGGAGCCGGGGUCGGAGAGGGAAGGCGAGGUCGUAGAGAGGUGGAGGCGGCGUUGGCGUUGGACAGGUAGAAGAUUUGGGGAGGAAGUCGAGCGAAGGGAUACUGUCGGACAGGGAGAAGGGUGGUUGGAUCGAUCGAUUUGUUAG